AUGGCGAAGCGAAAGCAGCGAACCGGAGCCGUUCAGCCUCAGCCUCUCAAGACGCAGAAGCGUAUGCGCAGAGCCAAGCCGAUUUGCUCCUGCAGCUCUCCUCGCUUCACCUCUUCUGGCCCAGCCUUCACCUGUUACGAGCAGGACGUUUGGACGGAGAUCGCAAAGUUUCUGGACGGAAAAUCACUGGUGAUGAUUGCUGCGACAUGUCGUUGGUUCCACGAGCUGGUCAUGGAGGGCUGCAUCUGGAGGUACUUGUGCUUGCGUGAUCUUCAGGUCCCUGCUCCUCGCCACCCGGCGGCUUUUGAUUGGAAGAAGCUCUACAUUUCCUCUUUCAAUGGGAGUCACUCUUACAUGUUCCGCCAGCCAGAGAAGCAUAUUGACUGGAUGCGUAUUGGUGCCUUUUUCCUGGAGUCUUCUUCAGUACUCAUAACAGAAAGGCUGAGCACCCCACUGAAAUUGCCCAAGGAAGAAAGUGUUCAACAAAUGCUGGAGUCCUGCGGCAGUUGUGUGUUGAAUGAUGCCAAACCUGGGAUAUGGAUUGCAGAUCUCCAGCUUGUCCGGUGCCCCGUCUGCGAGCUCAAUACUUGUGAUGGAACAAUGCAGACAUUGGAUGCAAGGCAUAUCGAACUGUUCUUGAGUGAGGGAUACCAGGAUGGUAGCUGGGAAUAUGAACUUAUUGGAAUUCAGGAUGUCAAAAAGCAUGUUGAGGGUGCUUCUGGAGCUAUUUUUGAUGUCAAACACCUCAAUGACACUUCAACUUCAGCAGUCUUCAACCUCAACUCAUGGGUGGGCAAAGCGAAUGACUGGCAACCAAAGGCUGUGAUCACAAUGCAUGCAGUUGCUGUCAACACAAAUCUACAGAAAAAUGAAGGCCUGCAAGUCAAAUACCAUGUCAUGAGAGCUGGAGCUGGAGGAGAAGUCGUAUCUAUCAGAAUCUCGCAGCAGCUUCUGUAG